AUGGGAAGGACCAUUCCUGAGUCUGCGAAGAGCCCCGUGCGAGUUCCAGCGGGUAACCACCGCUCCCGCCUCGCCGACCACUCGUCGCCGUGCGACGGCCUUCCUGCGACGUCGCCAGCCGUCGCCGAGUCGGAUGCCGGUGAUGACGACUGCUGUGCUGCGAACAUGUCGUCGCAAGCGAUUACGCAUGCGAAGCAAGUGCAGGCGCAGAGGCUAAGAGACUUGCAGUCGCAGAAACCGGUCUUGCUGUCACAGAAACCUGACGUGCAGUUACAAAGACCAAGGGAAUGGCAGGCAGACAGUCUGAGGGAUUUUCAGAAUGCACACGGGUCCCUGCCGGCAGUUACGGCGUGCUUUCCGCCGCGUUCAGCGGCGGUUUCUGGAGCGGCUCCUUACACGGGCCCGCCGUCGCGCGUCGCUCAUCCGACGUGGCAGUCGCUGCGGUUGUCGCAGCAGGUGCGGCCGUCGCAAGCAGGAGAGCAGCACGAGCACGAGGAGGAGCACUUGUCGCAUCUGUCGCAUGUGUCGCACAUGGGCUCGCGAGAUUCGGCGACGUCGCACGCCGGGCAGCGAGGCGAGCACAUGUACGCCACGGAAGGGAGGGAAGCGGAAGUGGAGGGGUGGGCGGAGAAAGACGAGGAGCGGAAGGAGGGGCAUGACGAUGAGGGGGAAGCGGAAGGGGAGGAUAAGGAGGUGAACGUGCAAGCUACCACUCCCCCCUCCCCAUCCCCCCUCUUGUUCUUUCCCCUCUCUCCAUCCCCCCUCUCCCACCUCCCCCUCUCGCCUUCCCCACUCAACCCGUCUUUUCUCCCCCCAUCUCCCCUUCCGCCAAAUCCCCUUCCGCCAACUCCCCUUCCCCCAUCCUCCUUCUCCGCGAGUAGCUUCCGCCAAUCCGGCCCCACGGCAUUGCCCCCCUCCCUUUCGUGCGCGGGCCUUUUCGUUGCCUGCGAAAACCUAUCCCCCCGUCCUUCUCGCUUUCGACCUUCGUCAGCAGGGGGCCUAUCCCCUCCAUUUCCUGCUGCUUCACCUUUCCCUUCUUCCCCUCCAGCUGCCACUGCUGCCACAGCAGCUUCGCCUGCGGCUGCUGCCCCAAAAAGGCCAAGCGCCAGCGCCAAUCGUGGCGGAUUGUCUGCUGCUCUGCAGCCGUUGCUGCCCAGGACAGGUGCUGACCUGGCAACAGGCGCAGACCUGGCAGCAGCUGCUGAGCUGGCAACAUGUGCUGAGCUGGCAGUGCCAAGUGAAGCGCCAGGCAAGCACAGAGACACACGUUCGGCCGUGCCAGUUCCGUUCCCAUCCACUCCCUUUGAACGCCACGUCAGCAGCUGCCGCAUCAACACCACUCCAGCAUCAGCGCCGACAGUCAACGACCUCUUUUUCCACCGCUGGCUCGCUUCCAAGGCUGCCACGUCAGCUUAUACCUCGUCAGCCGUUGCCACGUCAGCUUGCAGCGGGGAGAGGAGUCGCGAGCGGAAGUCCCUGCUGAAACGGUCGCUGGUUGGUUCGUUUGAGGAGUCGCUGAUGUGGCAGGCUGCUACUGGCCAGGAGGAGGGCAGCGGGGUAAAGUACAUCAGCGGGUUUAAGGCCAUGCUAGCCGUGCUGUCGCAGCAAGGGGAGUGGACCGCCGACCCGGUCAGAACCACCUUCUCGGCCGCCUUCCUGCCCUCCUCACCGUCCCAGCUGUAUGCUGCCAGCAUUACGGUUGGUAGAGGGCAGGGGGAGGGGGAGAGUGGAGGCAAAGGGAGGGUAGCAGUGGUGGGGUUGGAGCAAUCAGGCACGAGUAAGCAUGCUGGCAUGGCUCGUGGUGAUGCUCCCAGGGCUGACAGUCUCGGUUCUGAUGGGUGCAGUGCGGCGAUUCCAGUUGACAGAAGAGUCGCGGGUAAGCGCAAAGACACUCGCAGGGAGCUGCUGUUUGGAGUGGAAGGCGGGACGGGAGCAGAAGCGGCAGCAGCCGCAGCAGCAGCCGCAGCAGCAGCAGCAGCAGCAGCAGCACGAGAUGAUCGGGUAGAAACGAAUUCGUCUGGUGAUUUUCAGCAAGCUGAAACGGAUGGGCGGAAGGAGCAGCAGAGGCAGCAGAGGGCGAGAGUGCGGGUGCCGACCAAAGGGCGCAUUCAGCUGCUGCUGUCGAACCCAGAGGGCACACCCAUCCACACCUUCUCCUGCUCCUACGACCUCUCUGAUAUGCCCCCCAACUCCAAGACCUUCAUUCGCCAGAGAACGCUGCUUGCACCCAAGCACGCUGCCGCGCCCUUCCAGGAAGCUUCCGGUUGCUCAAGCCACCAAGCUCCUCCUCCUUUGCAGCAGCAGCAGCAAACGAGGCAAGGAAACGCACAGGAGCAGCAAGAGGAGGCGCAAUCGGGAGCAGUGAGAGCUGUGAUUCACCUGCAGUUCCAGUGCCUGCCCAAGCCACGCAGUGCUGCUGCGGCUGCUGUUACUGCUGCUGCUGCUGUUACUGCUGCUGCUCCUGGUGGUGGUGGUGACGGCGCCACUGCUACUGCUGCUGCUGCUGGCGGUGGUGAUGCCGCUGCUGCUGCUAGUGGUGGUCAUGUUGGUGGUGGUGAUGCCGCUGCUGCUGCUAGUGGUGGUCAUGUUGGUGGUGGUGAUGCCGCUGCUGCUGCUAGUGGUGGUCAUGUUGGUGGUGGUGAUGGGCAAUGGGAGGGGCAAGGGGAUGUCCAAGGGGAGGGUUCAAAGGAAUCCCGCAAGCACAGGCGUGAGGGCGGCAGGGAACGGAAAACUCGACUGUUCCUGUGUGGCGAUGUGCGGGUGGUCUUCCCUCUCUCUGCACCCACCUCCGACAACCUCAAGGUGAGCCUCUCUCUCCCCCCUCUCAGCACCUACCUCCGACAACCUCAAGGUGAGUUUGCCUUGCCGUGCUUCUUCUUACUUCCCUGCAUUGUUUCCCUCCGGUUCAACACCACAUGCUGCCGAGGUGACUUUUGGGUCGACUCAAAGGACAAUCUCAAGAGUACCAGCUUCCAUCCAACCCGCGUUUCUUCCCCUGCUGCUGACACCUACACCAAUUACGAUCACAGAUGCUAA